AUGGAUAUGACACUUGCCAACCCCACAUGGACGGAUCAGCUGGUAUCCUACUUGCUUGAAAACCCAUCUGUGCGUCUCAAACUAUGUGGAGAUUCUUCCCAGACAGUGAAGGCAGAGAGCCAGUCAAGGGUUUCUACUGGUGAGAAGAAGAAGGACUACUGGGCUAUCAUUGCCAAGUCUAUUUGGGAUCGGGAUGAUGAGCCUGAACAUGCUUUUUACAUCAAGGACUUAGCCCACUAUACCACUGCAAUUCAUGGGCAGAUCAGUUGGCUUGAAACACAGUACAACAAGUACCUUAAGUUCCUGAAGGAAACAGGUCAGGGUGUUAAGACAGAUGAGGAAAUUGAAGAAAUCCACGCAAAUAAAAUGGUGGAGAUACACUCGAGGUUCCCUUGGUUUGAUGAUUUGGAUGGAAUUUGGUCCACGCUUCCAAAACAUUCCAUUGACUUGAUCUCAAAUUCAACUGUGGGACAAGCCCAAGGGUCCAAAAACCUUUCUUCAGCCUCCCCUACUAUGGAUACAAAUGUACCGGAGUCUCAGGAUGCAACUCUGGCUGAGGUGUUGGAAGAUGGCAUGGACUUGCUGCAGAGUGUUGACACCAAACCUAAGGUUGACCCAAGGUUUGCACCCUGGCACUUGCGGCUCCCUGCUCCUAUUACACCAACCUCAAGAUCUAUGACACCAGGCACAUCUUCGGCCUGUACCAUGGCAUGGGGUAUCAAGGUAAAGCGAGACUCACUCGCUGAUUUCCAUGAAGCAAGCAAAUUUGAGUCUGAACUUGCAGAGUGA